AUGCCAAAGUUGUCAAUAGCAAACCAUGUACAAUUUCCUACCAAACCUGAAGAACUUGAACUUCAUCACUUAGAAGAACGCCUCAUAGCUUUACGGAUUCCAUUUAUGCAGCUAAGAGAGUUGCCUAGAGGAAGACAGUUAUCUAUCAAAGGAAAUGUUGUUAAUGUUCCAGUAGAUAUCCAACCAACUGUAAACUCUUUGCCAAGACAGUUUAACAAUGAUAUUACAGUGCCAGUCCGCUUAAAGAAGAGACUAAGUUACAAAACUUGUGAUUUUGUGGAAAAUGUGAGACCACAGCAUGUAAUCAUUGCAUUACACUGGUUGAUGAGAAAUAGCCAAAUGUACAAAGAUGCAAAUAUUCAUUUAGAUGAUGAAUGGGAAGCCAGAAUAAAUGCAGAUAGCAGUGAAAUUAUUUCAGAAUAUUUUAACACAAGUACUUCUGGGUGUACUGAAGCAGGGAAUACAAACCUUGAUGGCACAUCAGACAGGUUAGAAGAGAGUCAUUUUGAAGAACUUGAUGAAAGAGAGGGGAAUUCUGGCAGUUGUGACACAUUAUUGGAUGAUGCAAAUCCUGUGCAAGAUCAGGUGUAUACGUUUGCUCCAGGAGAAGGUCAAACCCCAUUGAGUUUGUACACUGAUAAGGAUGCAGAAUUCUUGUCUUUUCCAACCAUUUACUGUGGUCAGAGGAUGGCAUCAAAUGAUGAUCGUGAAGUUAAAGUUCAUUACAGUGAUCUUGUGAAAUGGGAACUAAGAAAUAUUGACAGACGUGCAGCAAACAGUGUGCCAAAUUUAUUUUUCAAAAUGAAGAAAAUUCAAAUGAAGCAAAUAUCAGACAAAGUCAAUCUUGUAUUAAGAAGAUGCAAGGGCACAGAGAAGAAAUUAACAGCUGGUGAUGUUCUCAAUCAGGAAAUACUUGACAAGAUAACAAGAUUAGAUGAGGGAUAUUACAUUUUCAGAACUUUACGGAACAGUCCUCCAUAUCUUGAGGCCAAAAAGAAAGAGUUGUUUGCAAUGAUUAGACAAUUGGGAUUACCAACAUGGUUUGCAUCUUUAUCAGCAGCAGAUACACGAUGGUCUGAGUUACUCAAAACUCUUGCUCAACUCAAUCUCAAGAAAUCACUAACUGAUGAGGAAAUAGACAAUAUGACAUGGGCUGAAAAAACUGACUUGGUGCAAAAAGAUCCGGUAACAUGUGUUCGCUUUUUUGAUCAUAGAGUACAUGUGUUUAUUAAUACUGUUUUGAAGAAUGAGGAUCAUCCUGUCGGGGAACUGAUAGAUUUUUUUUAUCGUGUUGAAUUUCAGCAAAGAGGUUCACCUCACAUUCAUAUGCUCAUGUGGAUAAAAGAUGCUCCAAAAUUUAAAGAAGAUCCAGUGUCUGAAAUUGCACAAUUUAUAGACAAGUAUGUGUAUUGCUCUGCAAACUGUGAUGAUGACGAUAGAGAAUUUGUAGAUUUACAAAUUCACAAACAUUCCAGAACAUGUAGGAAAAAAGGAAAAGACAUUUGUCGAUUUGGAUUUCCUCAGCCUCCUAUGGAUUCAACUUUGAUUUUAGAACCUUUAACAGCAGAUGAUCCAGAUUCAAUGAGAUACAAAGAAAUUUUUGCAAAGGUUAAGAAAGAAUUAGCAGAUAUGAAAGAAGGGAAAAGUAUUUCUUUCAAUGAAUUUCUACAUUCACUGAACCUGGAGAAAGAAGAUUACAUAAAGUCAGUCAGGAGUUCCCUUGAUGGACCACAGCUUUUUCUGAAGAGAACCCCUAGUGAAAUAAGAGUUAAUCCUUAUAUGAAAAAUGUUUUAACAGCAUGGCGAGCUAAUCAUGAUUUGCAGUUUGUGUUGGACCCAUAUGCAUGUGCCAUGUACAUAGUGUCCUACAUUAGCAAGUCUCAACGUGGAAUGAGUAAUCUGCUUGAUCAAGCAUGUAAGGAAGCAAGAGAAGGAAAUAUGGAUUUGAAAAAACAGGUUCGACACAUAGGAAACAAGUUCUUGAAUGCAGUUGAGAUAAGUGCACAGAAAGCGGCAUACUUGAAUUUACAAUUGCCUUUAACAAAAAGUUCAAGAGAUGUUGUAUUUAUAAAUACAUCACCACCAGAAGAAAGAACUCUUCUAUUGAAAUGUAAGUCUGCUUUAGAAGAAUUACCAGAGAAUUCCACAGACAUUCAUGCAAGCAGUGUGAUCAAGCGUUAUUCUCAAAGACCAAGGCAACUUGAAAACUGGUGUUUAGCAGACUAUGCAGCAGAACUAGAAAUUGUAUAUCCAAAAGAAUUCAAAGAAAGUGAUGAGCUUCUAGAGCAAAAUGAUGAUUCUGAAGAUGAACAAGAAUUCAGAGAAUUGGAAGAUGAAGAGAUCAAUUCAGAGCUGACUAGGAUAGUUUUAAAAAAUGGCAUCAUCAUAAGGCAAAGGAGGAAGGCUAAAUGCAUUCGUUAUGUCAACUACUCCAUCAAAGUUGAUUCUGAAAAUCAUUAUAGAGAAAGGAUUUUGCUUUUCCAUCCGUGGAGAAAGGAAGAAAUAGACAUAAAAGGAAACAAAUCAACAUAUGAAGAAAAAUACAAACAACUGAAGAGUUUUAUCCGUGCUAAAGUAAAGAAGUAUGAACGCAAUGCAGGGGAGUUGGAAGAGGCACAGAGGCAAGCUGAAGAGGCUGAUGUACAAUUUGAUAGAGUUGCACCUAGUGCAGAGCAAACUGAACAAGAAGACUUGGAAGAAGGAAGUAGGGAAAGUGAGGCAUUUGUGUAUUUUGACCCAAAGCGUCCAGAAAAUCACCAGAACUAUGACAUUGGAGUAGAUCUUGGAUUACCUAGUUGUUCUACUAAUGAUGAUCAAACUCUUCAGUACAAAAUGACCAAUGAGUUGUAUUUUCAAGUUUUCCUUACUGGUGGUGCAGGAGUUGGAAAGUCUGUUGUUGUAAGAGCUUUGUAUGAGGCACUCACAAGACACUAUUGCUCUACUGAAGGUGAAAAUCCAGAUGACUGCAAGGUUCUACUUUGUGCUCCAACUGGAAAAGCUGCAUUUAAUAUAAAAGGACAGACAAUACAUUCAGCAUUCAAAAUUCCAGCAAGUCAGGGGUUUAACUGCAAGCCUCUUGAUAGUGAAUCUUUGAACACACUUAGGACAAAGUACAAAUAUUUGUCAACGGUCAUCAUUGAUGAAGUUUCAAUGGUCGGAAAUUCUCAGUUAAAUUGCGUACAUGAGCGUCUGAAGCAGAUAAAAGGGAGCAAGGAAUAUUUUGGAGGUAUCAAUGUAAUUUUGAUAGGAGAUCUUUUCCAGUUAAAGCCAGUAAUGGAUGGAUGGGUUUUCGAUGACUUGAAGAAAAACUUUGGACCAUUGGCAAUAAACUUAUGGCGGGCAUUGUUCACAAUGCAUGAGCUUACAGAAAUAAUGAGACAGAAAGAUGAUGUUCAGUUUGCUGAGUUACUUAACCGUUUACGAGAAGGAAAUCAAUCUGAAGCUGAUAUACAGACGUUGAAGCAGCACUGUGUAGAUGAAUCAAAAUCAGAAUGUUUUAGAAAUGUUCCACGAUUGUAUACCAGAAAUGAAAGUGUGAAUGCUUACAACAACCAAGUGUUUCUAUUGGCUCAAGGUGAAAAGGUCAAUAUACCAGCUCAUGAUUCUGUAGUAGGAAGGGAAAAUUUAAUACAGCACUUAAAUUUGCCAGAUGACUCCUCUAAAACAGCUGGAUUGGCUAAAAAUGUUCCCAUAGCACUUGGUCUCCAGUAUGAAAUAACUGCAAACUUAUCUGUUGAGGAUGUGCUUACAAAUGGUACAUCAUGUAGAGUAGAGUACAUAGAUAGGAGACAAGAAAACACUGAAAGACCAAGUAUAAUAUGGGUUUCUUUUGAUGACAGAAAUACUGCAAAAUCAUGGAGAUAUCAGUAUAGACAUCUCUUUGGGCAUGAAGUAGAUAAGUCUUGGACACCAAUAUUUGAUGUGAGAAGGAGCUUUCAGUACCUGCGACACACUGUUGUUCGUAUACAAUUUCCAUUGCGACUUUCUGCAGCCAAGACUGUGCACAAAUCUCAGGGGGACACAAUGGAUCAAGCUGUUAUCAAUCUCGAUAUGAAUCCAAAAUUUUCAUUGCCACACAUUCACUAUGUUGCAUUAAGCAGGGUUACGAAGAUUACAGGACUUCAUAUCUUGAGUUUAAAUGAAAACAAAAUGUGUGCAUCUGAGAAGGUGAAAAAAGAAAUGUGUAGACUACGGACAGAAGCAACAUUACAAUUAUGUUUUCAGCCGAUAGAUUCAACAAACAACCAGACCAUAAACAUUGCAUUUCAGAAUGUAAGAUCACUGCAUGCCCAUUUUGAAAGUUUCAAAAAUGAGCCAAAUCUUCAACGGUGUCAUAUCAUAGGAGUAGCUGAAACUUGGUUGACAGCAUCAGUUGAAAAUGAAGAUUUUGAAUUGGAGAAUUACAGCAUGUUCAGGUUGGAUUUUGCAUUAAAUCAGCAAUGUGCCAGACCCCAUAGAGGCAUUAUUACAUACAUUAGAAAUGACUGUCAAAUCAUUAAUCAUGUCAGCCACUCAGACAAAGACUUGGAAUGGCAGUACAGUGAAGUAAAGUUUAAAAAUGAGAAUUAUCAAGUUGUUGUGCUAUAUAGAAUUCCUGGAUCUACUGUUGAAAGAGCAAAAAACAACUUUAUGAACAAAUUGUCCAAAGUAGUUAAGAAUCAUCAGAAUAUACUCAGUAGUCAUUAUUGGGGAUUUCAAUAUAGAUCUAUCUCAUAG